GCUUGUGGUCUCGAAUCCGCAACACGGAACAUCGACGUCACUCAAUAUUCUCAUUUUAACGUCUCUCGAAGUCGAGGGAAUUUGGAGAGGGUAUACUUGAUGCUCUUCCCGCGCUCAGCACCAGUCCCGCGCCUUCGGAUUGCGUGUAUCGGCUGUUCUCUUCGUUCGUCCCUUCCCAUCACCGUUGGGCGGCUUGGCCGACGCAAUGCGACCACUGCCUUGAUCUUGCGCCAUUUCGGCAGGAAUUGCGGGCCUAGUCCAUUGGGGAUCCGGCCCCAUCCACGGAAGAUCCAGCUUGUCCAUGUCUGUGGAAAGAAGACUCGGACCGUCGUCAAGUUGGAUGAGCUGCCCCAAGGCAUUGUCGCACCAUCCCAGCCGCUGCCUCCCGAAGAAGAUGAACCCACGUACCCGACUGUGGUGCUCCAGGCACGCCGAAACAUGCGGAAGUUUGACAACUGCGUGCUGCUCACACGAGUCGGCGGCUUUUACGAGCUGUACUUUGACCAAGCCGACGAGUAUGGACCGCUCCUCAACCUCAAGGUAGCGCAGAAGAAGACGAGUGCCGGCCCCGUCCCAAUGGCCGGCUUUCCCUUUUUCCAGCUGGACCGCUUCCUCAAGAUCCUGGUGCAAGACCUCAACCGCCAUGUAGCUAUCGCCGAGGAGUUCCCCAACGACCCCUCAGAUAAAGUCAAGUGGGGUGGCUUGAUGCAUAACCGCCGAGUGACCCGCAUCGUCACGCCAGGCACCCUGAUCGACGAGAACUUCAUGGAUCCCUAUGCCAGUAACUACGUGAUGGCGAUCCACCUGCCUGGGCCGGCGCCAUCGGAUCAUGUGAGCUGCCAAGAGCAACAUGAUGCCCCAGAGACAUCAGAGUUCGCCAAUGAUGCUGUGGCCCGCAUUGGUUUGGCAUGGUUGGAUCUGUCGACAGGUUGUUUCUUCACCCAGCCAACGACUCUGGCAUCGCUUGGCUCCGUCCUCUCUCGGGUGUCUCCUCGGGAGAUUGUCCUUGACAAGGCACUAGAGUUCAAUCGGGACCAUCUCCCCCUGUCCGUUCUUCAGGAGGAAAGGCAUCUCGUAACAUACUCGCCCCACGGUGAGCUUCGGGAGCUUUCCGACUGGGCGCCCAUGCUAGAGUCCGAGAUACCAACCCAAACUGUCGACAAGUUUACAGACGGGGAAGUACAAGCGGGCUGUCUGCUGCUUCACUACGUCAGGGACAGGCUGCAGGGGUUGAGUAUGAAGUUACAGCCGCCGCUCCGUCAUGAGAGCAUGCAUAUCAUGAAUAUUGACAAGAAUAGCAUGCGCUCCCUGGAGAUCAAGCAGACCAUCCGAGACGGUGCUUUCAGGGGAAGCUUGCUGCAUGCAAUUCGACGAACCGUGACCAAAAGUGGCGCCAGACUGCUCAAUGAAUGGCUUAGUAGGUUAAGCGCCCCUUCCACCUCUCUCGAGGUUAUCAACUUCCGCCAGGACCUAGUCGCGCACUUCAUCGAGGACGAGGACCUUCGUGAUACCAUUGUUGUCCUUUUACGCAGGAGCCAUGACUCGCAGCGUCUCGUCCAGAAGUUCGCGCUUAACCGCGGUGAUCCUGAUGAUCUCCUGCGGUUGGCCAACACGAUCAAGGCAACAGAGGAUAUCGUCAUCCUCCUCAACACAUCCGUCUCGUCCCGCCCUGACAAGGGCACUGCGAAGAACUGUCUCUCCAUCAUGGUGGACCGCAUCAGCCUCGACCACCUCCUUAUGCUCGCGCAGAGCAUCCGCGACGCCAUCGACGAAGAAGGCCUUGUGCAGCAGCACCAGAUCGAAGACAGCGAGGCAGGCGAGAUGAUAGCGCUCGCCCAAGAGAUCGUCAAAGCCGAGGGCACCGAGGAAGACAGCACGCUCCUCCCCAAGGGCGCGGCGGCAAAGAUCAACAAGAAGAAACCCGUCUCGAUCCGCGACCAUUACGGUGAAGACAACGAAGUCUGGAUCAUGAAACCAGGCGCCUCUGAUAUUCUCGCCCGCCUCCACGCCGACCUCGCCACCCUUCGACAAGAGAAAGAAGCCCUCACCGAGACCCUCCGGACCCGCCUCAACGCGCCAUCCCUCACCCUCCGCUGGACACCAGGCCUCGGCCACAUCUGCCACGUCAAGGGCAAAGACGCGCGGCGCACCCCGACAGACGAAAGCGACCCUAUCCGCACCCUCUCCUCCAGCCGCACAACCCGCUCCUUCCACCAGCCCGAAUGGACCCGCCUCGGCGAGGCGCUCGACAAGCUGCGCUUCCAGAUCCGCGCCGAAGAACAGCGCGUCUUCGCAUCACUCCGCGAAAGAGUCGUCCACAACCUCGUCAAGCUGCGGCGCAACGCCCUGGUCCUCGACGAGCUCGACAUCGCCACCUCGUUCGCGCGGCUCGCCACCGAGCAGCGACUCGUCCGCCCCAUCCUAACCAACACCCAACGAACCAUCAUCAUCGGCGGGCGCCAUCCGACAGUCGAAGGCGGUCUGGCCGAACAAGGACGCACUUUCCAGCGCAACCACUGCCUGAUCGGCGACGGCACUCCAUCUGGUGUAGGACUACAACAACAGCAGCAACAACAAGGCCACGGCAGGAUUUGGCUAAUAACAGGCCCCAACAUGGCCGGCAAAUCGACCUUCCUCCGGCAAAACGCGCUCAUCACCAUCCUCGCCCACAUCGGGUGCUACGUGCCUGCCGACUAUGCAUCGCUGGGCAUCGUCGACGCCAUCUUCAGCCGGGUCGGAUCCGCCGACAAUCUGUACCAGGACCAGAGCACCUUCAUGGUAGAGAUGCUCGAGACGGCGGCCAUCCUGCGGCAAGCGACCCCUCGCUCUUUCGUCAUCAUGGACGAAGUCGGCAGAGGGACGACGCCCGAGGACGGCACGGCGGUGGCUUUCGCGGCGCUACACCACUUGGCGAGCGUAAACAAGUGCCGGGCGCUGUUCGCGACGCACUUCCACGGCAUCGCAGAUCUGGUGACAAAGCAAUGCAUGAGGGUGGAGGACGGCGGUCCCGAUGGGACCAUCGACAUGUACUGCACGGAUGUGGAGGAGGACGAGCAGGGCGGGUUUGUCUACGUUCACAAGCUGCGCAAGGGGGUCAACAGGCAGAGUCACGCGCUCAAGGUCGCGCGGUUGGCUGGACUGCCAGAGCGGGCGAUACGGGUCGCCCAGCAGGUGCUGCAGGAUUCAGGGGUCGACAUAUCACCGCGAGGAAUAGCUGAGCCGGCAGAGACUUCGGCCGCAAUUGUAGAAUAGGUCUGGAGAGAUGUAUCCGUGUGUCACUGUAAGUUUGGUCAGCCUUGAUACCCCAUGUACGGUACGUGACGUAUCAAAAAGGAGAGGAGGACUUGUGUCUCAUAGGGUGGUGAUGGGUUUGUCAUCAAAAGUGUUCAGGGUUAAAAAGCUCUUUGAUUCAUUUGUAUAAUCAUCG